AUGGGAAUCGUCCAGAAUUUCGCCGGCUGCAAGGUUAUUCCUUGCUUUUGCCGAGGUGAGGAACAUCUGCUCUCCAGCACAAUCAUCCCACGAAAGCGUGUACUCGCUGACCUGUUCCAGGCUGGAUUCUUCCCGACAGCGACCUACCUUCUGACACAAUGGUACCGACGCUCUGACAUCCAAUUACGUAUGGGGAUCUUCUACGGGGCAGGAGCUCUAUCUGGAGCCUUUUCCGGGCUACUGGCAUACUUGAUCGAUAAAAAGGACGGCAUUGCAGGACUCGAAGGUUGGAGAUGGCUUUUCAUCCUAGAAGGGAUCUUAACCGUGGUGGUCGGACUGUCUUGUAGCUUCCUACUGCCUAACGAUCCUGCUUCGUGCAAAUUUCUCACGGCAGAGGAAAUGAUGAUCGUGGACUACAAGCUCAGAUACGACAUCGGAACCACACGUGGUUCGUACAACCUGGAGGAAGGUUUCCAAUGGAAAUACCUCUGGGCGGCUGUCAAGGAUUGGAAAAUUCAUGCCAUGAUCGUCAUCUACUGGGCAUCCUCUAUUUCCAUCUACGGAUUUAUCUAUACUUUGUCCACCGUGAUCGCGGAACUAGGGUAUACAGCCGGCAUUGCGCAACUGAUGACGAUACCGAUCUACUGUGCCGCGGUGAUUGCGCUGCUAACGGUCGCCUUCUUGUCCGACCGAGCCCAUGACCGUUCCAUAUAUGUCAUAAUGCCACUCAUUGUGGCUGGGAUCGGUCUGAUCAUCGUGAUGGCCAUCCCCAAAGGUCGCUAUCCUGGUGCCCUCUACGCCAUGCUCUUCCUAGUUGCCAUGGGCCUCUAUUCGAUCAUUUGCGGCUCCAUUGCCUGGACAGGUGAGAAAGAGAACCCCUCUUGA